AAUGUGUAUAUGUAAUAUAAUUAGUAGUUUGUUAAAACCUAUACAUGCUUACAUUGCUCUACAGGAAAUUAUGUCAAAGAAAUAAUCAACCUUCUCAUAUUCUCUUCCAUCUGCUACUUCUAUUGCUUUUUUUCUUCCUUCCUAAAUACAGCUCUUUACUAGAGUUCAUGCGUCAUACUUAAAAUUACUGUGCAUCAUAAUCCUUUCAACUGACAAAGAUAUCUCAAGACAAGUGCUGGACAUAGAGGCCAUGGGGCAUAAAUCUGUAAAGUGGAAAACUAACCUUUUCAAAGAAUAUUACUUCUCUCUCACUUACCAACUUUACAUCUCCCUGUAUGGCCCUGGAAGAUGGCUGGUUAGCCAGAGACAGGUAAGAUUCCUCAAGGGAGGAACAACCUAAGACAGGCACAGGGGGGCCAUCAGGUGAGAGAUUGGGAGCCAACAGAGGUGAGGCUUAGAACCUCACCCCCACCCCCAGUUUUGAGAGAAAUCUUCUGCACCCAUGGAUGUUUUGUUGCCUUUGCCCAGCUCAGAUCAAAACGUAGUCUAUAGGUAUAGACCUGCUCACCUGCACCUACCUUCUAAUUGCACUACUAAAUACUAGAAAAUUUAUUUUCUAUCUUUACUCUCCUUUACAUAAGUUCAAAACAUAGACUUUUAUUUUAUACUGCAGAAUGUGGAGAACUAAGCUAUGUUAAAAAGCCUUCUGUUAGGAACUGUCUACUUAUUAUAUUACUAUAUGUACUACUUAAAAGAAAAGGGGGAAAUGGGGGAUUUAUGGGAUUACUAUAUAAAUCAAGUAACAUAGAAAUCAAAUGUACAAAUACACAUGGCUUGAUUGUUUUUCCCACAUAUUCUGUUGAUGUGUGAGCAAGGACAAAGUGAUGAGAACCAAAGCAGUUCUCAUGGCUUGGAGCUGCCUUCACAUGGUUUCAAUAUCCCUGAUAAGCGUCGUGUCCUUGGGCUAGACUCAAGGCCAGAUAAUGAUGUUUUGUUGGUAGCCGCACCCAAAAAUGGCGCCCAGCUUGAGAAAAAGUUGUAGGUAAAACAAAGACUACUUCUGGACAAUCCCGCCACUUCCUGGCCGCAUACCACAUGCUAAUUAGACCUUCCCCUGCUAACCAAUUGGUGUAUCAUAGCAGCUAUGCUAAUAAAGCAUCACAAGCAGCGCGCAAUCAGCUUAGAGCAUGAGAACUAUAUAGCUAGCCCAGUCUUCCCCUUUGGGUCCUUCCCUUGAUGAUUGUAUCACAAAAGAGCUGAAGAUUAAAGCUUUCUGCAGAAGAAUCCUGCUGUUGUUGCGUGCUGUUCUUGCCGGCGAGGACGGGGCGCGCGACAGGUGGUGCCGAAACCCGGGAAUCAGAACAUCACCGGCACAGGGAGGACCCUUCAGACAUCUGGAGAGGAUUCAGAACUGCAGGACGGAAGAAAGCCCGGAGAGGGUGAAGAAAACCCCUUCUGGAUCCCGGAACGCCUGACCAGGAAAGUCCUGAACAAAGGAGAUGGCGUCUCUGUGCCUGUGGAUCCUGAUCUUGUCGAUGGGAAUCCUGACUCAGGGAGUACUGAGAUGGGGAAUAUUGUCAGUCUUCCCUAAGCCCAUGCCUGUUCGCUAUAAUGCAGCAGUUUUUCCACGCUUUUUUACUACUAACUCUAGCAUGAACCUGCCUUAUUUGCCAUUAGAUUCCCUAGCAGCUUCUUUAGGAGAAAACCGAACCUUUGAAACCGAUGGAUCUUUGUGCUUCACCACUCGUAACCACUCAAAUUGCCUGUCCCUUAAACAGCAUAUGUACGGGUGGUUUAGCCGUGAUAGGAAAUCGGGUGAAUUUAGUCAGUCCUUUCGUGAGAAUAAGACCUACACUAAUGCAGUAGUAAGCCUAAAGGUCCUUUGGAUUAAUGGUACAUUUAUGAAACCUCCUAUUAAGCAGAUUAACUAUAGCAACAUAUUCUUCCCUUACCGUCCCCGUCAACCCAAAUAUGCUCCCCAUUGUGUGGGAGAUUAUGAGGGAGAACAAUGGCCCUGGACUGAUUGCCAGUCACAUGCUACAACCUGGGCAGAUAAGGGACACAAAUUUUCCUUGUCCCCAGAUAUGGAGGAAAUUUCCGGCAGUGUUUAUAGAAGGGUGGCAGAAGGAGGAGAGUUCCAACAAGAUGUAGGCAGGAACCCCUUCGAUAAAUGGCUGCUGUGUGGAGUUAAUGGUUCAUGUUCAGACCUUUCUCCCUUUAUUGUCCUACAAGGGGGAGGGAUCGGGAUGUCUGAUAGUUCCUGUACCUACGAAACUACAAGCCCAGCCUUAAAUGGCAAGACUGUAUACCAGGUGAAUAAGACUACUUAUAAUAUUUCAUGUCAAAGAGUUGCACCAGCCCCUGGCCAAUAUCCACCUACUCCGGUAUGCGUGUAUCCCCCAUUUCUAUUUAUCUUAUCCAAUAACAGUUUUGACUCUUGCUCCAAUGACACUUGUUUCUUGUCUCAGUGCUGGAAUAUAACUGUCCAUUCCAAUGCUUUAGUGGCCCGCAUUCCUCGCUGGGUCCCUGUCCCAGUAGAUUCACCUGAUUCCAUGACCUUGUUUCGUGAGAAACGUGACUUUGGUGUCACUGCUGCCAUAGUGGCCUUAAUAUCUCUGGCUGCAGUGGCUGCCACUGCAGCUGCCAUAGCCUUGGACACCUCUGUUAAAGCGGCUGCAGAAUUGAAUAAUCUUGCGGAUUCAGUAGCCACUGCUCUGGACCGCCAAUCCUCACUUGAUGGAAAGAUGAAAGGAGGAAUUAUGGUCCUCAAUCAGCGAGUAGAUCUAGUGGAAGAGCAACUAGAUGUGCUCUGGCAGUUAGCCCAAUUGGGAUGUGAGCGAAAGUUUCGCGCUCUCUGCAUUACUAGCAUACAAUAUGAAAACUUUACGCGAGCAGCUAAUCUGUCACGAAGCCUGUCCCAAUAUCUUUCAGGGAACUGGUCCCAAGACUUUGAUGGAACGUUAGAAGAGCUACGGCAAGAAAUAACCCACAUCAACUCCACCCGGCUAGAUAUCUCCGUAGCAAAAGGACUCUCUUCCUGGUUCCACAGAGCUCUCUCCCACGUUAAAGAGUGGGCGGGCAUGGCUGGGAUGGGUGUAUUCAUGCUUGGAGGUCUCAUGCUCCUACUCUGGUUGUUAUGCAGGCUUCGUGCCCAACACAGGCAAGAUAAAGUGAUCCUUGCUCAAGCCUUGAUGGCGGUAGAUAUUGGCGCCUCUCCCCAAGUAUGGCUCAAUAUGCUCAACAAAGAAGCUCAGCUUUAGCUUGAGGUAGCCCUUGCACCCUGAGCCUUUGUGGCAUUGCACCAGGCUAAGGUACCUGUUCGCUUACCCGAAGCUUCUCAUACGAAACUCGGUACAAGAGGGUCACUGCACAGGCCCAAGCCCGUUGUACCGGGCGGUCCCACCGUCAGCUAGAGGGUGCGAGGCACUGCACUGCAAGAGGUCAUGGGCCCCUCUGUGAGACAUGCCUGAUUGCAUGGGGGUGGAUGUCUACAAACCCCUCUCCGAAAAUAGGACAUCAAAUGUUUCUGGAGAUCAGGCCUCUAUCUCCACCUCAGCUGACAAGUUCCGCCCUGAGUUUCAACAAAACAAAAAAGGGGGAGCUGUUGGUAGCCGUACCUGCCGCACCCAAAAAUGGCGCCCAGCUUGAGAAAAAGUUGUAGGUAAAACAAAGACUACUUCUGGACAAUCCCGCCACUUCCUGGCCGCAUACCACAUGCUAAUUAGACCUUCCCCUGCUAACCAAUUGGUGUAUCAUAGCAGCUAUGCUAAUAAAGCAUCACAAGCAGCGCGCAAUCAGCUUAGAGCAUGAGAACUAUAUAGCUAGCCCAGUCUUCCCCUUUUGGGUCCUUCCCUUGAUGAUUGUAUCACAAAAGAGCUGAAGAUUAAAGCUUUCUGCAGAAGAAUCCUGCUGUUGUUGCGUGCUGUUCUUGCCGGCGAGGACGGGGCGCG